AAGCCCGCUCAUUUAAAAUGUCGCUGUAAUUAACUGCUUGUGUCUUCCUCGCAGCGUCAGCUUGGCGACCUCGAGAUGAUGUCGCCAUUCAUCAAGGCGGAGAAGCUGCCCGGAGCAACGCCACGUAAAGAGGUUAAAGCGAAGACUCGGGAGGACAUUAGAAAUGAGCUGAGUUUCACACCAUUACCAAACCGCUGUCAUGUGGAAACUGAAAACAGCAACAAAGGGAGCACAGCACUCGUCAAAGAGAGGAAUGCAAAGAUUCCAGAAAACCCAACAGACAGGCCUAAUUGCAUGGUAGCAUCGGAAAAACCAUUGCUUGUGCUCCUGGCUCAUUCUGGGGAUGCUGAAGAAAGGAUUAGAAGUACCCUAAAUGCUUGGAUCAUCAAAGAGAAAAGCACAGAGGCUCUGGAGAAAUUAGAAGACAAGGCAGACUGUUUGGCUGCAAGAAAUGUGUCUCAGGGUCACUCAAAUCAAGUGGACGGGGAGACAACAGUCAUCAAGAGUGGGACACUGCCCUUCAAUUUACAUAAAGUCAACUCUGAAUUCAGCAGCUGCUGUGAAGAAAUGGAUACCAAGCAUUAAAAAUGAAAUGGAUUACUGUCUACAGCAAUCCCAACUCCCUCACUAUCCAGAGAGAAAGAUUGCAGAAUUUCAAGAGCGCAUUGAGAGACUAAGAGCCGAAUAUCAGAAUUACCUGCGCAAGCUGAGAGCUUUAGAUCCUGUUAACAAGGAGCAUCCUUGGAAACCAAGGGGUUAUUCCAAAAAGCGAGCAUCUGAGCCACAGCACGGUGACAAAGAUGCUGGAUGUUUGAAGUUGCUGCACACUCCUGUUCUGCACCCAACCGAGGACCAGCAGGUGACUCUGCAAGACUCCCAGGAAGAGCAGCAAAGCAGUCGAGGGGACACGUCGCCAGGAAGCAUAGAGCAUCGUGGGGCCACCGUGUACACCUGCUCUGACAUCAACCCUCACACUCAGGAUGAGCCUCUCACAUUUAAUCCAAGUCUAAUUUCCAUUCGACUUCCCGGGGGAGUACCGUCUGGAUGUGGAUCAGGUGCUGAUGUUCUCAGCUCCAUUUUGAAGUCGGGACUUCCGAACCUCUCCAGACCCCUGGCUGCCUGUUUGGACAAAGAGAAGACGAGUUUCCCUGGAGCACAGGUAGAGUCUGCUGAAGGAAACACGGGACGCCAUCUUGAAGGACAGGGUCUGGAUAUCCUGGGUGUGGAUUGUUACUUGUGUUCUGACGAUGAUGAGGACGACGACCGUAAUGAAACCUGAGAGAAGCUCGUCAGCUCCACUUUAAGGCCCACUCAGUUGGUCGAGGAUGUGGUUGGGGCAGCAGCACCUGCAGGUGGUGAGCGGCACUACGGGCGUCCUAGGACCACGAUUAAUAAUUUAAACAGUCUGGGGUUUAUUCUGCCGAGGAUCUUUUUCAGCUUGUGCCCACGUGUUAGCUGUGUUCAGACUGCUGAUGGCUGACAGAAGACGCAGUGGCAUUUGAUUUACCUCUGGACGAAGGCUGAAGUGUUUUCAUUUUCAUCAUAGAAUGGAUUUUUUAUUUUCCUCUAUUUUCAAAUAAAAAAGCUUGCGUCUAACCGCCAUCACAUUUUAUUUGAGAAUGUUUUCAGGCACCUGUGGACUGGUUGCCCAUUUAUUUCAUAAGGUACAGUAUGUGACUUGAAGUGUGUGUACAAGUGGAGGCACGAGGUCUUCUGGAGACGCGUAAUGAGACUUAACCAUGGAUUUGCACCUGAGACACUGUCCUCGAUAAUCUGGGCCUUUGUGACCCCCCUGUGUUACGGUAUCUGACGGGUGGCACGUAACUGUUCUUGCACAAGUUUCCCUUCUGAUCAUCGCCACCGGUGUGUGUGCUGAAUUGUCACAACAGGUAAACCUCAGCAGCUGUGUGGGACUUCCCUCUGGUGCUUUAAAUGUUGUUCCUGUAAGUUGGAGAGACCCCUUUUAUGGCCCAGGCAAGAAGCUUCUCGGCUGUGAUGGAAAUGUCACUCCCUUGGACAUGCUAACUAUGGAGGGCAAAACCUAACUUCAGUGUAGGAAGUUAUAACCGUGACACGUGAGGAUUUUACUUUAACGAUGGGAAGCGUCAAGGCACUGUGGGAAUAUUGGGGCAUCUGAUGGGGGCACACUGUAGUUUAAAGCAGUUGGUAUUUUCAGAACACGAAGGUGGUAGAAUAUUCAAUGUGGAAACACCUAGAGACUGUCGGAGCGAUUUAAUGCUAGCGUCGGCCCAUUUGAAUAAGGUGGGCUUUGCAGGCCGAGAUGGGGUUCUUGAAAGUUCUGGUACAGAAAAUACUUUUAAAAUGGGUUAAGGUAUCAGAUUGGGGACAACCCAUAAUAAUAAAACCCCAAAAAAAGACUUCCUUAGGUCUUAACACUUACAGAGCCUCAGCCAAGUGGCUAUUGAUCUCUGAAAUGUGGCAUAUUAACAGCUUGUGGUGUGCUGGUGAAUACGAGAACUUCGUGUGGUCCAGUUAGGCACUCGGAGUGACCUGAGCCUCAAGUUACAGUACUGUUGGGUUAGCAGAAGUCUACUGUGGGACUUAAGUACUUCUGUACGCACCAUAGAUAUGCAUAUACAGUGUGUGUGUGUGUGUAUACGGUGGAUCCGGAAAGUAUUCACAGCGCUUCAUCACUUUCUCCA